UAUCCUCUGUUAUAUCAACGCAGCCCUGUUGUGUAAGAGAAUCCUCCCAAGGCCCCGCACCCCAUUUGAGAGAGAGAUAUUUUAUUUUACCAAUCUCAAUUUGGGAAGAACAUGUAGGUAUAUGUUAUUGUUUUACACAUUUUUCGUCCCCAUUUGAUUUGCACGUUUUGUAUAAAUGUAGGAUGACUGUGAGUGAGACCCAAGUCAGGGCAACAACAACACCACCAGUCCACCAGCAGAUGGCAGACAUUAAUCAGAACCCGAGUGAAAAGGAAUUUCAGAUUGUGCGGUUUAAGCCACCCCCAAACUUCAAGCUUCCCGAUGGUUGGGUGGUUGAGGAAAAACCCCGUCCUGCUAAUUCCUCUAAACGCCGUGAUAGGUAUUACUAUGAGCCAGGCACUGGAAGGCAGUUUCGCUCUCUGAUAUCUGUUCAGAAAUAUCUAACAGAAGAAGCAAAAGACAAUUCAGGGGUGAAAUCUGGAAAUGGAAAGCGAAGUGCUUGUGGUGUGAGAAGUCCCGGAAAAUCUGCCACAAAACGCUCCUCAGUUGCUAAAGAAGAGGGUUUCACUUCAAAGACAUUGAACUUUUCUGUUCAGUCUACGCCUACAAAAACUGAUUCUCAGAGGAAAGAAGAUAGAGGAGGAUCCACCCACAACUUAAGCAGACCGCCAGAAAAAGUAAGUUGGGUUCUGUCUGGUCCUGGGGGCUACUGGAACCCUUUCGUGGAUGAUACUAUUGUACCAGAAUCUGAAAUGCUGAAAUGGUCCGAAGCAUUUGGGCAAUCCAUCCAUGGUGGAGUUAAUAACUGAGGUAAUCUUUGAAGUAAGUUAAAAUUGCUUUCACACCUCAAAAGCAUAGAAAUUCCCGGGUUGAUUCCAUUGAACUUUGCAAGAUAUUCAGAAUGGAGAUGACCGAACAUAAUGGUGAGCAAUGUUCUGGCACCAUGUAGCUUAGAUUGUAGAUAGGAUUAUCCAUGUGAGAUGUGACUAAUCUUUAACUCAUAUGCAGAGUUUGUUCUAUUUUACUGAUUAUAAUGUAGUUUGUAACUUUGUAUCACACCCAGGAGUAAUUUUUCUUUUUGGGCUGCACCUUGGUAUGGGGGUAAGCAAACUGGUGAAAUAUUUUGACAUCCUCAAGACUGAUAAUAAUGAUGCUUGUUUCAUCUUGAAAUUCCAUAAUAAAUUUUUGGUGUAUUUUUGUUUCU